UCUCUCUCUUCUCCAUGUACUUGGACCGGAAGGAGAUGAAAUCGUCACCGGAGAAGACGUAGGAAUAGGAGAAAAAAUGGCUUCUCUGUCUCUCAAUUCAUCACCUCUGCCGCAUCCUUCUCAACCUCAGAAACUCACAGAAACUACUCUUCUUCGUGGAGGCUUGAAACCCAUUGUAGUUAGUGGAAGUCCUCCCACUUUUGUGUCUGCUCCUGGUCGCCGAAUUGUCGCAGUUGGCGAUUUACAUGGUGACCUUGCAAAAGCAAGAUCUGCUCUCGAGAUGGCUGGUGUUUUGAGUUCUGAUGGUCAAAACAUAUGGACUGGUGGGGAGACGGUAUUGAUUCAACUUGGAGAUAUUCUUGACCGAGGUGAAGAUGAAAUAGCUAUUUUAUCAUUAUUACAGUCAUUGAAUAUGCAAGCAAAAACUGAAGGAGGGGCUGUCUUUCAGGUAAAUGGAAAUCAUGAAACCAUGAAUGUAGAAGGGGAUUUUAGAUAUGUUGAACCUGGUGCAUUUGACGAGUGUCUGGACUUCAUUGGAUACUUGAAUAAUUGUGAAAAUAACUGGGGUGAAGCUUUUGUUGGUUGGGUUGGUGUGUCUGAAAGGUGGAAAGAAGACCGCAUGCUGUCUGAAAGUUAUUGGGGUCCAUGGAGGCUAAUGAAGAGGCAAAAGGGGGUGAUUGCAAGAUCAACUUUACUAAGACCAGGGGGUCCAUUGGCAUGUGAAUUGGCAAAACAUGCUGUUGUUCUCAAAGUUAAUGACUGGGUAUUCUGUCAUGGAGGUCUUCUUCCUCACCAUGUUGCACAUGGAAUUGAGAGGAUGAACAGGGAGGUAUCUGAUUGGAUGAGAGGUCUCAAUGAUCAAAGUGGAGGUCCUGAAAUCCCUUUUAUAGCCACUAGAGGUUAUGAUAGUGUUGUUUGGAACCGAUUGUAUUCAAGAGAUACUGAAGAUCUGGAGGACUAUCAGAGUCGCCAGAUAUGUGCCAUACUUGAAGAGACAUUACAAGCAGUAGGUGCUAAGGCUAUGGUGGUAGGCCAUACUCCCCAAACUGCAGGAGUAAAUUGUAAAUAUAAUUGUAGCAUAUGGCGCAUUGAUGUGGGGAUGUCCAGUGGAGUCCUCAAUUCAAGACCCGAGGUGCUAGAAAUAAUAGACAAUAAAGCAAGAGUGAUAAGGAGCAGAAGAGACAUCAUUGGUGAACUUCAAGCUGUUGACUAUACAUGAAUUGACAAGAUAAUUGUGUUGGCUUUCGACUUGACUCCAACUCAGCUCCUUGUGUUAAGGUGUAUUUUGUGGCAAGCAGUCUAUAUUAUUGGAAAUAAUUACAAGGGGUGGGAUAUGAGUUGGGUAUAUACAUCACAAGGAUACAGAGGAAUGCAAGACAUUUUGAACAUGGGAGGAAAAUGCUUCAUCUGAAAGGAUUCUUACUCAAACUGAAGAUAUGUUUUCCAACUGCAGGGCUAAAUUUUUAAAGCAUCAAAUGAACUUGAAUAAAAUGUGCAAGUAGUAAUGUUAAUCCACUUGUUGUAUUGCUUACUGUAAAUUUUAAUCAGCAGGAAAAAAACUACCUGUUUGUAAUUUUACUACUAAUACAUUUGAUAAGUAUAGCUUGUAAUUCUACUAA